AUGAAGAAAGAAAAGAGCGAAGAAGUCAACUUGUGUCAGAACUACGCAAUAGAACCGGUUGCCGUACUGAACGAUACAGUGGGAACUAUGAUGAGUUGUGCUUACCAGGACCAGGACCAGUCAUGUGUGAUUGGCAUGAUCAUCGGCACUGGCACCAAUGCCUGCUACAUGGAGGAGAUGAGUAACGUGGAACACAUUCAAGGGGACGAAGGAGAGAUGUGCAUCAACACUGAAUGGGCCAGCUUUGGGGACAAUGGGUGUCUGCAAGACAUACAGACGAAGUUCGAUAAGGAUCUUGAUGGCUCGUCCAACAGUAAAGGUUGCUUCAUAUUUGAAAAGAUGAUCAGUGGCAUGUAUCUGGGUGAGCUGACUCGAUUGCUUCUGGUAGACAUGGCUGAGAAGAAACUACUCUUUGGGGGCGAAGUGUCAAAAGCUUUGUCAGAAAGGGACAGAUUUCAGACCAGUUACAUUUCUGACAUUGAAAGGGAGAACACUGGUCUUCAACGUGCGCAGCAGAUUCUUACUGGUCUGGGACUCUCUUCAAAGCCAGAGGAUUGCGAGAUUGUGCGGCGGGUCUGUGAAACCAUCUCUAGCCGCUCAGCACACCUGUGUGGUGCAGCCUUGGCCACCAUAGUCAAGCGCAUUCACAACAACCGUGGACUGAGCCAGAUCACUGUUGGGGUGGAUGGCUCUGUUUACAGGAACCACCCAUAUUACAGAGACAGACUUGGAGAAAUGGUAAAGAUGUUGGCACCACCAAACUGCAUCGUGAGGUACGCAACAACAGAAGAUGCCAGUGGCAAAGGAGCUGCUGUGGUGGCAGCCAUGGCCAAGAGACUCGGAAAGAAAAAAUCAAUAGAGCUACCAGUCAGUUUCAAAGCAUGAAGAUGUAGAACUCCUCAGAAUUGGACCCAGCUUACUUCAAACAGCAUACAUUGCUCUUACAUGUACUGUAUAUUGCAUAUCACAGGCUCCAAAACACACAGAAUGACGUGUUAUUAUUCUUGUGGGGAAUGGUGGAUUUGACAUAACCAACUUUAUUACCAGACAUAACCAACUUUAUUACCAGACUGUUUUUA